CUUUCUCCCCUCCUGUUAAACCAUGGCCCAUCGGCUACGGUUUUGUUUUGGUUCCGGUCGAAGCAAUACGGCCCCAGAAUCAGAGAUCCUAGACCGAGAAAGAGAAGACGACUUUUGCAUGGCAUUCCACACUCUGCCACGGAGAAAUGGUCCUCACGCUUUUCCUCGACAUGGAGCGGAAUACGGGAACGCAGGGCUGCAAGAAGGAGUGGGAGCACUAAAACGAAGUACUUCCAUGUUUAUUCCUCAGCUGUUGAAUAACAUCGACGCCCGCCCUACGAGAAGCUCGUCUGUGCAGAUCUCCCUUCAGCGCAAAGCUCUGAACGGACAUACCGACAAGUGUGGGGCCCAAGAGCCUCCUGAGGAGGCCCUUCCGUGUAAGUUUUCAGACUUCAGGGAGCAUUUCACGUUACCUGCGCGAAGGCCUCCUUCGUCUCCAAGCAGCCCGCGAGGAUCCCCGGAAGGGGACAACCCGGAGAGUUCCUCCUCUUCCAGUCUGGCGGGGGAUGCAGGGCAGCCAGUCAAUGGAGCCAGCUCUGGCAGUCAUAGGGUGUUUCAUCCAAUUCCUUCAGAUAACCAGGAUGAGACUGCCCAAGGAGCAGAACCAAGUGAAGCCACUUCGGGUGUGAACGUAAGUGGAGUGAGAAUUCAACAUCGUGCCUCCAGUGUCGAUAUGCAUCAGUUUAGGCUGCUGCCUUUUGGGGCUGACUGUCCGAAUAAUCCUCCUGCCUCUGAACCGAGGCGAUGGUCUUUGCAGCACGUACCCGACGUGUCAGCGACUACCGGGAAAAGGUGUUUUGUUUUCCAGCUGCAACAGCCUCAAGCAAACACUCUGAGCCCCGGUGGUGAUUGCAAUUUUGGUUUCACCGGCACCAAGGGGGACAGGUUGGUUAGGUAUCCCCGGAUUAGGCUGGAGAGGAGCACCUCUUAUCCCGUCCAGCCGCGACCGCUACAGAUAGCUCCCACUGAAGAUGCCAUAAGUUCAGCAACUCUUAGUAGUAGCAGUAAUGGGCCUGAAAUCCACAGAAGUAAUUCAGUAGAGAGGAUCCCACAGGGACCAGGUUGUAUGUUUAAGAUCAGGCCAGAUCAAAACUCAAGGCAACAGCAUUUUAGAAUUCUUGUCACCCGUGGCUCUGAAGAACCCGAGCGAGCCGCAGGGGAGGGUAGUUCUGGAGAUCCUGCCACUUCGGUAGCAAGUGCUCCGACAAGAGACGACUUCUUGGGGCAAGUGGACGUGCCUCUUAAUCAUCUACCGACAGAGGACCCAACCAUGGAACGACCCUACACCUUUAAGGAUUUUCUCCUUAGGCCAAGGAGUCACAAAUCUCGGGUAAAGGGCUUCUUGAGAUUGAAGAUGGCCUACAUGCCGAAGAAUGGAGGACAAGAUGAAGAAAAUAAUGAACAAAGGGAAGAUAUGGAGCAUGGGUGGGAGGUUGUUGACUCCAAUGACUCAGCUUCCCAACACCAGGAGGAAUUGCCCCCACCACCUCUUCCCCCGGGCUGGGAAGAGAAAGUUGAUAACUUGGGGCGAACUUAUUACGUCAACCACAACAACAGGACUACCCAGUGGCACCGACCAAGUUUAAUUGACGUGUCUUCUGAAUCGGAUAAUAAUAUCAGGCAGAUAAAUCAGGAAGCAGCACACAGACGAUUCCGCUCUCGUAGACACAUCAGUGAAGAUUUAGAACCUGAACCUGCAGAAGGUGGAGAUGCUCCUGAGCCCUGGGAAACCAUCUCAGAGGAAGUGAACAUAGCCAGUGACUCUAUGAGUCUGGCACUGCCACCACCUCCUGCUUCUCCAGUCUCUCGGACCAGUCCUCAAGAGCUGUCAGAGGAAUUGAACAGAAGACUUCAGAUCACUCCGGAUUCUAAUGGGGAACAAUUCAGUUCUUUAAUUCAAAGGGAACCUCCUUCAAGACUGAGGUCAUGCAGUGUUACAGAUACGGUCGCUGAACAGGCCCAUCUUCCCCUGCAGAGUGUCCCAACUAGGAGAGCUCGUUCUUCAACUGUCACAGGUGGUGAGGAGCCAACGCCAUCAGUAGCCUAUGUACAUACUACGCCGGGCCUACCUUCAGGCUGGGAAGAACGGAAAGAUGCCAAGGGACGCACGUACUAUGUCAAUCAUAACAAUCGAACCACAACUUGGACUCGACCUAUCAUGCAGCUUGCUGAAGAUGGUGCGACCGGGUCAGCAGCAAACAGUAACAACCACCUAAGUGAACCACAGAUACGUCGGCCUCGUAGCCUCAGUUCACCCACAGUAACUUUGUCUGCUCCCCUGGAGGGUGCCAAAGAUUCGCCCGUUCGCCGAGCUGUGAAGGACACUCUUUCCAAUCCACAGUCCCCACAGCCCUCACCUUACAAUUCUCCAAAGCCUCAGCACAAAGUGACACAAAGCUUCUUGCCACCUGGUUGGGAGAUGCGGAUUGCUCCAAAUGGCCGACCCUUCUUCAUUGAUCAUAAUACAAAGACGACCACAUGGCUGAUACCCAGCAGAGUACUGAUCACACGGAGCUGUACUGAUGUUGAAGUUACUGGUGAAGAGGCAGAGAAUGGGGGCAACCAGCCAUGCUCUCUGCUCAGUUCGGUUAGAAACACAGCAUCAAAAGAAGAUCCACGACUGAAAUUUCCAGUACAUUUGCGAUCAAAAGCAUCUUUGAACCCUAAUGAUUUGGGCCCUCUUCCUCCUGGUUGGGAAGAAAGAAUUCACUUGGAUGGACGAACGUUUUAUAUAGAUCACAAUAGUAAAAUUACUCAGUGGGAAGACCCAAGACUGCAGAACCCAGCUAUUACUGGUCCAGCUGUUCCGUAUUCCAGAGAGUUUAAACAGAAAUAUGACUAUUUUAGGAAGAAGUUAAAGAAACCAGCUGAUAUUCCAAAUAGAUUUGAAAUGAAACUCCACAGAAAUAACAUAUUUGAAGAAUCAUACAGGAGGAUCAUGUCAGUGAAGAGACCUGAUGUACUGAAAGCCAGGCUAUGGAUUGAAUUUGAAUCUGAAAAAGGACUAGAUUAUGGAGGCGUGGCCAGAGAAUGGUUCUUCCUAUUGUCUAAGGAAAUGUUCAAUCCUUACUACGGUCUCUUUGAGUACUCCGCAACGGACAACUACACACUUCAGAUCAAUCCCAAUUCAGGCCUUUGUAAUGAAGAUCAUCUGUCCUAUUUCACUUUUAUUGGAAGGGUUGCUGGGCUGGCAGUGUUUCAUGGGAAGCUCUUAGAUGGAUUCUUCAUUAGACCCUUUUACAAAAUGAUGUUGGGGAAGCAAAUAACCUUGAAUGACAUGGAGUCAGUGGACAGUGAAUAUUAUAACUCUUUGAAAUGGAUCUUGGAAAAUGAUCCUACUGAACUGGAUCUUAUGUUUUGCAUAGAUGAAGAAAACUUUGGACAGACAUACCAAGUGGAUUUGAAACCCAAUGGAUCUGAAAUUAUGGUAACAAAUGAAAAUAAAAGGGAAUAUAUUGACCUAGUCAUCCAGUGGAGAUUUGUAAACAGAGUCCAGAAACAAAUGAAUGCCUUCUUGGAGGGAUUCACAGAACUGCUUCCUACAGAUUUGAUUAAAAUUUUUGAUGAGAAUGAGCUGGAGUUGCUCAUGUGUGGCCUUGGAGAUGUUGAUGUUAAUGACUGGAGACAACAUGCUAUUUACAAGAAUGGCUAUUGCCCAAAUCACCCAGUCAUUCAGUGGUUCUGGAAGGCAGUGUUAUUGAUGGAUGCUGAGAAGCGUAUCCGGUUACUGCAGUUUGUUACCGGCACCUCUCGAGUACCUAUGAAUGGGUUUGCUGAACUUUAUGGUUCAAAUGGUCCUCAGCUGUUUACAAUAGAGCAAUGGGGAAGUCCUGAAAAACUGCCCAGAGCUCACACAUGCUUUAAUCGCCUCGAUUUACCUCCAUAUGAAUCUUUCGAAGAUUUAAGAGAGAAACUUCUCAUGGCCGUUGAAAACGCCCAAGGAUUUGAAGGGGUGGAUUAAGCAGCCACUGCUUUUUGGGAUGUUCAUCGAGCAAGUUCUGCUUGCACUAUUACAAUUGCCUAAUUGACAUAAGCAGUGACAAUGGCAGAACAGUUGCACAAUAUUGGUUCCCGGAGCAAACUCUUCUACAGUACAGUUGCUGAUGUUCAGAAGUUGGAACUCUUACCCGUGGAUAAUGUUUCUGCAAUUUCCACCACCAAUUAUCAACUGGUUGAUGUGUACACUAAUAACAUUUCAGGAGGACUUAUUCUAUUUAUGUUGUGCCUCUGUAGGCAAAGCCCUUAAUAAAUAUUUUGCAUAAUUUCUAAUGGCAAUGAAUGAAUGGAAUUAAUCACUUUACAGGUAUAGUAUUACAGCUCAUGUUUACUUUGAAAAAUAAUUUAGACCUAUUUCCAAAUUUUUAUUUCAUUACAAUUAAAGAUAUCAUAUACUUGGAAAAUUGAGCUUUUUUUUUUUAAUUUCAUGCCAGAGUUAAUGCCAGUGACGUUUUCAUUUGGGAAAUUCAUUGAAGUCUUGUUUUCCCCCAUCAUAUUCAAAAUAGUAGACCAACAAUUUUCAAAGCAGUUUAUGCAAAUAUGGUAAGAGAAAAUAUCAUAUAUGUUCAUCAGACACAAUGAUAUUUUUUCACACCUCAGAUGAUUGAUACCAACUGAAUAUUGUGUUUUUGUAUAUUAGCAUAAUUGCUGCAAGACAAAGACUCAUAGACAUAGCAAGAAAAUUUUUAUGUUGACUUAAAAGGAAGUAGAUCAUUAUUCCUUUAGGAUAAUUAUGUACACUAUGACAAGUUGGGGGACAGGGUUGGACAAUUGUGGUUAAAAAAUGCUAACCCUUGCCAAAUACUGUAUAGUACUUCUUCUAUUAUCGUUCCUCUUUACUGUUUGUAGAGGAUGCAUUUUAAAUGAAAACUGGCACUGCUUGAUUUGAAACUGUGGAAACCGAAUCUCUUUUGUCUCCGAUUUGUAUGCAUUUGCUAUCGGUAGCUAAAUAACCAAUUUUUUGUUCUAACUGCACCAACUCUGAAGGCACUUUAUGUAACACAUGGCAGUCAUAUGUUUGUUUUUUUUUAUCAUAAACAUUUAAUGUGAUGAUUAUUCCUUCUCGCUGCACAUGUCUUUCUGGUGCAAUAUCUAUAUCAAUUGUGGAUGUGGCUGCUGCUGAUGUGUAAGAGACCCAGAUGUAGAGCUGAACCUGCAGACCUGUUCUCACCGAUUGUUUUGUGAUUUUUAUUCAAUCACCAGGAUUUAUUUAAUAUACACUUUAUCUAACCAAGUUUUGUUACCUGUGACAUGUUGCAUGCUUAAAAUCUAUAUAAUGCCUGAUUUGUAUCUGUUGUGUGGUAGAUUAAAGGUGAAAGCGAAGACUUGUAUCUGAUCCACUUAAGUCAAGCCUUUAACCUAGUUAGGCUUGAGGGUAUCCGUGGGAGCAAUUUGAAUCCGUUUCGCUUUCAAGUCUUUGCCCACAGAAUUGAGUUGGGGUUGUUUUCCAGUCAACUCCUCCCUCCCUCCCUCCCUGUCAGUCACAAGGGUGGUGCUGGAGUUCAAGAACACCAAAGUAACUUAACCCCUUGUUGGUCUGGGCUCUGACUUUUUAUUUACUGGCGCACAAGGAAUCGCUUGCCAGGAUGGCUAAGGUAGAAGUUGCUAGAGGCCUGGGUUUCAUUGCUAUUUACUGUAGCAAAUAAAGGUUUGCUCUUAUCCCUCAGUGGGAAGAGCGACUAACAGUCACCAAAUGCUUCUUUUCCCAGUGUCACCUGGGUUGUGAGGCAUACCUUGUGUUUUGAGGUGGAUUUCAACAGUGUUGUGAGUGUUGGGUGGGGGACGGCGCUCAAAGAUCUGCAAGUGAAUGUAGAUUUCUGUAACUGCAAAUUGUUGAUCCCCUUUCUGUAUUGGUUUCUUUUUUAAAAAUUUAGCUAUGGUGAUCAGAAAGGUGAGGAAGCUGGACCUAGGGAAAUCAUUAAGGCAUAUAGCCCUUCUCUUCACUUGUGGGUGGGAAUCUUGACUUCUUUUUACUUUGCAAAGGGAUAGAUUGAACGUCCCUUUUGACAUGAAAUCCCUGGUUUAUGGAUGCUUUCUUUUUAAAACUCAGCUGGAGCCUGAGUAGCCGGGUGAAGAUUUGGGAGGAUUUUUGAGAGUUUUGGAGAACUGCAAUGCCAUGUACCAGACCUUCUGGGAUCCAGGAGUUUUUUCUAGUUAUGGAAUAUUUAGUCUUUUUAAAAAAAAGGCAAAGUAGCAGCUAGAUAUAAAAUAAGUAAGGCAAGAUUUUAUUCUCAAAAUUUUCUGUCCUCUGCAGGGCAAAAUAAGAGGAGAAAUUCCAAAAGACACUGAUAUUUCUAACCAAUUCCAAAGAGGCAGGAAACGGGUGGAGGAAAGGCCCAAUUCUUAUGUCUCAAGAGUAACCAGGUGGCAUUAAUAUUAAGUAUUUCAAAGCCAAAAAUAAAUACUGUAUUUUUCAUGCAUUCACAGGCUCCAUUAAGAGUGUGGGUUUUUUAUUGAUCCCACCUAGAAUAAUCAUUUAUCUGGUUUUGCUAUCUUCCUAGUCUGCAUUAUUGCUUUAGGGGAUAAUGAAUCUGAAGUGACGGUUGAGAAAAUAGAUGAGUGAAAAAUAAUACAUUGGGUCUGAAUUCUGUUCACCAGAAGUCCCCGUCACCUCUAGGAACUUGUCUUUGAAUUUCCCUCGUGUUCCCUCCCCAAAGUUACAUAAGCAACAUGGUUGUUACAGCCACUCUAUAGUUUCUAAGCAGAAUUGACUUGAUUCCGGUGUCACGAGUUUCCUGCAGGAAGUUCAGACCAGUAGGUAGUCUUGUGAAGGCAGUUUUCAACUGGCUUUAAGAAGAGACUCUCGAAGGUUGAAAGUUCUUUGUCAUUGAUCAUUUUUUAUGUCUUUUGAUAUUUUCAUUCUUUAACUUUUACUGGCCUUGGGCUUGGAAAUUCUGCUUGCUGGACUAAGUGUAGGAGUAUGGUUUCACUGUCGUGAUGUUUUUACUCUAGUUAGCGUUUCAUCCUGGGUCAGUGUCUUUCCUUCCUUUUAAGUGCUGGGAUUGGGUUCAUUUGCCUUGAUUUAUUUUUGGUAGUUCGUCCCUUUCCAAGUCACAGAACAGUUAAAAGCUCAAUAUAGUGUAUAUUCCUAAAGUGUUUUAAUAUAUCCAGCGGAAAUCAUCAUCUGCUGGUCAGAUGGCAACAGAUGUAAGCAGGCUGGUUUAUGAAUCACCCCAAACUCUUUGACACCAAGUCAGGUCCAACCCAGGACUUGUGAUCAUUUUACCAUUUGAAGUUGGUAAAUGUGGUUUCUGCAACUGUCCCACAUUGUUGUUUAGCUUGUGGGUCUGUAGUGGCUAUCUUAGAUGGCACAUCAUUAUGCUACACAGAUUACUUGGAUUAAAUCCAGGUUUCUAUCUGUAAUGAAGGAAACAUUUUGUAGUUGGACCUGGUGUUUUAUUGAAGAUGUUGCAUCUUACAUGGAAGUAAAAACAAAUCUACUGAAUUAGCCUAUUUUUUAUUCCUCUCCCGGAUGAGAUAUCUCUCCUUUAACUCAUUCCCUGCCUUUCUCUCUCUUUCUUCCACGCUCUCCUCAUUCAUCCUCUUUCCUUUUUCUCCCUUUCUUUCU